AUUAGCCAGUCGUGAUCAUACCUGUAUACACCCUCAGGUAUCAACCUCAAGGAACAAGAAGGAGGAAUGCAAGGCACUCAUAGACUACAAAUAUGGAGCAUCCUGUGCAUUUUAUCAUAAAGUCCAGCAGAAGUUAGGUAGUCAGUAUAAACUGAGAGAAAACGGGAUCACAACUGCUUGGGACAUUGAAGACCUGGUGACUCUAGGGAGGAAGAUUAAGACUUGUCCCUAUUAUUCUACUAGAGCACUUUUCGAAGAAGCCGAAAUAAUUUUUUGUCCUUACAAUUAUUUAAUUGAUCCUUUAAUUAGAGAGCAGAUGAUGAUUAGGCUGGAAGACAGUAUACUGAUAUUUGAUGAGGCUCACAAUAUGGAGGAUGCUGCAAGAGAAGCUGCCAGUCUAACUGUUAAUAGUAAUCAACUCAAAGAAGUUGAAGAAGAAAUUGAUAAAAUAAUGGAGUUUUUGUCCCCAGAAAUUCAAAACAGCUAUCGUAUUGUUUAUACUUAUGUUGUUAAUAUUUCACAGUGGAUGGCCACUCAGUCGGAGAAAUUAACUAUAAGGAAAUUUGAGGAAAGCUGCAGUGUUUGGAAUGGAAACGAUUUCCUGCCAUUUCUGAAAGGAAUUGGGAUCACCAUUGAAUCGCAUUCAAUGAUAAUGCAUCAUGUUAGGACAAUUAUUGAUGAUACGUUUGAGCAAGAGAGUAAGGAAGAUAAGCGGCUCCCACCUCCAAAGUUACCCGUUGGUAUCGUCCACAUUAUUGAUAGUUUAUUCAUAAUUAUGGGAUACCUUUUCAAGCAAUCCCAAAAGUAUUUGAAUGAUUAUAGGAUUGCUUUGAAGAAGGCAAUGUCUAUUCAACCUCAGAAGAAGGUAUAUAUUGUGUUCUAUGAUCAACCAAUACAAAUGGAGACAUUAUAA